AUAUAGUGAAUGCAGGGUCCGGGGAGACCGGAUAUAGUGAAUGAAGGGUCCAGGGAGACCGGAUAAAGUGAAUGCAGGGUCCGGGGAGACCGGAUAUAGUGAAUGCAGGGUCCGGGGAGAGCAGAUAUAGUACAUGCAGGGUCCGGGGAGACCAGAUAGAGUGAAUGCAGGGUCUGAGGAGACCGGAUAUAGAGAAUGCAGGGUUCGGGGAGACCAGAUAUAGUGAAUGCAGAGGUCCGGGGAGACCGGAUAUAGUGAAUGCAGGGUCCUGGGAGACUGGAUAUAGUGAAUGCAGGGUCCGGGGAGAGCAGAUAUAGUGAAUGCAGGGUCCGGG